CUACUAAGUACUUAACUUAAAUCGAGUGAGGAAAAAAAUAUUGAAGUGUAGAAACUUCUGUAAAGGUUGGUCGACUAUAGAUGAGGACCUCAUCUUAAUGAAACUCUAAGUCUGUUCGUAGAGUGUGAGAGGAGGAACAGACAGUCCCGUCUUAUAAAUGAUUGAAGCAAGAAGAGAGAGAGAGCGAGUUGAAAGACAUGAUGUUGUUCAAAGAUCUCUGAAGAUUAGUCCAAGAUGAGCGAAGCGUUCCUCUGUUAGUUCAGGUACGAAAGAUGAAAAGUCUGGGGAGUGAGUGUGAAUCGCUGUCAUCGAAGAAUCUGAGGAGUGAAAAAUCUUCUGUCCAAUCAAUGGAGCGCAUCUUGUUCUAAAUAACUUCUGAAGUUCAUUCUCCUACUCCCUUGUGCGACGUACAACAAAGAACUAUACUAAUUUACAAUACUAGAAGAUCUGAAAAAUUGCUGUACAAUGAAUCUAACACCAUGUUGUUGACUUGUUCGAUUCAGGUUUGUUUCCCGCAAAUCAGACCCGCCCCCUGACUAAGUAUUGAUUCAUCUCUUCUCAUGUGCCUUUCCUCAACCUUUGAAUCGCAAAGAAUUUCAUGAGCCUUUCUUCUACCUUUUAGAAAGUAAGAUCUAGUUGUACAUCAGAAAAUGGGUCGUGCCGUUCAGCGUACCUCUGAUGGCUCUCCGGGGCAGAGGAGCAAGAGCUCCACGGGCGACAAAGGUGGGAAAGGUGGGCUCGGCGGUGGCGGAAAUAGAGGCCUGGAAAGCUCGAUUCUAACAAGAAAACGGAAUCUGGACAUGGCCGCUAGUAAUCAGUUGGGCAUGGCUUCCUUGGAGGACGAGCAUUUGAUGAAAAAGAGUUUGCCAGACGUGAGGGUGAUCCUAGAAGCUGCAGUGACCCUACACAACGUGGUUCCUGAUGACACGGAACUGAGUCUUUCAGAAAUGGAAGACACUCACACGAACACGCUAGACUUUGCUGCUGCCACUCCUAGAGGAGAAGGAGAGGUGGGAGGAGAUGUCGGAUCUCCGGUGCAACCUCCAUCAUCGCCAGGACCGGAAGGAGGGAUAUUAAAUCAAGGAAGCGGCAUUUCUACGGCAGGAAGUGGCGAAGGAGCUACAACAACUGCCGCGGGAGGGGAUCAAGAAGCGCCAAGAGUUAGGUUUUCGCUAGAAUCCAUUACGACAAGAGAGCAAAGUCGUGACAGUAGUCCAGAUGCUGCUGGAUUAACAAGUAGCUCUUUUUAUAGCAGUAGUCCUGCUGUGUUGACUCCAGUGGCCGCACCAGGCGGCGGCGACACUACAACUAGUUUUAACACUCCUUUCCUUGGAGCAACUUCAUCUGCAGCAGGAGGUGGAGAAAUCGGAGCAGGAGCAGAAACGCAAUCAGAAACGCAGUCAGUGUUGUCCGAGCAAAGUGACGCUUCUUUCUACAACGUCUACGACGACUUCUUCCACGUCACGGCCACGAGUUUGAGGGAUCGCUUCUGCCGCAUCUUGAUCCGGCACAAAAACAAGGAGAAAGAAGUGUUGAUGGAGGUUUUAGAUCUCUUCCUGGAUGAACGAGACAUAAAAGACCCUCCAAGGACUAUAUUCACCUGUCCGGUCCCCUCCGAAAGCGGUACGCCAGACCGACAAAACAUCAAGGAAAUGGCGGCGUUCAUGAUGGAGGUACUUGUUCUACUUGCUUCGAAGUAAUCGGGAUUAUAUUUAUACUAUAGUUUCGAUUUAAUAUACUUAGUUGAUUAUAUACUAUAGUUUCGAUUUGAUAAAUAUACUUAAGCCUAGUUGUUUACUAGGGCGGAAAUAGCAGCGGAGUUCAUGAAGAUGUGGGUACUCUCACUACAACUACUCCCGUUCUUUGCGGUAGUUUUUACCCAACCUGAUGAUAAGAAUAGAAGUUCAACAAGUUGAUAAUAGAAGAUACAAGUUUUUGCUUGAACUUGAUACUUAAUCUUAAUGUCAAACUCACUGUCUUGUGCCACAUUUUUUUCAGAAAAUCAACAUUCUGGACGAGCUGCAGAAGGCAGAGUUGGCCCUAGACCCAAGAUGGCCAGUGAAGUUGGCGCUUUACAAAAUCAAUCGAGAAAAGGAGAUCCGCAGGAAAUUAGAUGGAGACACCUGCCUCCCGUUCAAGUACUUGGCUCCUUUGCUCGAGUACUUCCCAAAACCGAAGAUGCCGAAAAAGGUGAAAAACCAAGAUGCCUAA